AUGGAAUACAAUGGAAACCUUGUAGACAUAGAAGGAAAUGACUUGAUAAUAAAUCAGAUAACCAAUGAUAGGACAAUCAUAAAUUGCAAACUUUUUUUAUUUAAAUUAAAAACAAAGAGCGACAAAUUGAGAUAUUAUGAAAUCAAAAAUUCCAUCGCAUCAAAAGAUUUUAUUAAGGCAUAUAUUGCUGAUGAUUCAAACGCCCUUUUACUCUCAGAUGAUUUAUUUUAUUUAUAUGAUAGUGAAAAUAAUAAAAAAAAUUGCUUAAUAAAUUUGAAUGACUGCGAACCAAGAGAUUUUAUAUAUUAUAAGAAAAAUUUAAUAUUUAUUCAAAAGGAUAAAUUUUCCUUAUUUCAAGCAAAAGCCGAUGGAAAAUGUAACAUUCUGCUAAAUUUAAUAGAUGCACCGUUAAAAGUAAAUUUUUGUUCUUGUAAUAAGGAUAUGCUAUAUUUAUGUACUAGCGCAAGAAUAUAUUUUUUAAAAUUAAUAUAUUCAAAGGAUAAAAUAUUAAAAGUUAAAAAUACGCAAAUGAGUCUUCCAUUCAAAUUUAAGCAAGAAGAAUAUGCAUAUCAUUCUUUUGAAAACAAAUUCUAUAAAAUUAAAAAUGAAUAUAAAGAAGUAAUACAUGUGUGUAGUUAUUCUGAUAAAGAAGUAACUGUAUAUAAAUUUGUUAAAGGAGAAUUUAAAAAUAAAAAAAAAUGUUUUGUAAAAUUAUCAGUAAAUAAAUUAAAUAAUGAAAUUAUAAAAGGAUGUUUUUUUUUUAAGAUUAAGAGGGUGUCAAAAGGUCAGGAAAAAAAAAAAAAGGACACAGAUGUUGUAAAUAAUAAUUAUAACGAGGUGGUAGUAAAGGGGUCAAAUGAUUCGAAUUUAGAGGAUGAAGUAACUGAGGGAAAAAAGAAAUGUGAUAGUGAAGAAAUUUUAAAAUAUGAAAAUGUGAACUGUGUGGAUAACUUACCCUGUGAUGAAAAUAAUUUGUUACAAAAUAAUGAUUCCAUUUUCUCGAAUGAGAAAAUUGUAAGAGAUGAAAAUUCAAAGUUUGAAGAGGAGCAUACUUGCUCCGAUGUAGUAACUACACAUAAUGGAAAAAAUAACAACAUUGAAAAUGAAGAAGAAGAAAAGAUAGAGGAAGACAUUUCUACAAAUAAAGAAGAGGAUAUUAUAAAGUUGUACUUAUUAAUUUAUAGUGAGAACGGGAGAAUUUUGAUAUAUUUUGUGGACUAUUUAAAUCUAGCUGAUUUUAAAUUUGGUUUUGUAGGGUUUAGUAACAACCCAAUUGCAUUUAUGCAUUUGCCAUUUAAAGCAAUAUAUAUAUAUAACAUAUCUGAAUUAUAUGAAAAAAGAGUAAUAAAACAAAAAAAAAUUAUUCAAAAAAAAAAAAAAUUAUCUUCUAAUUAUUGUAAAUACAUGGAGCAUAUAAUCAAUAAAGAAAUUUAUAUUAAUAGUAAUCUUUUUAUUGAUACAGUUUUAAUGAAUGAAGGUACAGUUAGCAUAUAUACCAUCCAAAUUCAUAAUAAUCUUUUACUUGAAUGUGAAAAUAAUAUGGAGCCUACGGUUAUCAAUGUUGUAAAUUGCAGUAAUAAAGUUGUGGCAGUAAAAAAAGCAAUAAAUAAUGAGAAUAAAAAUGAUGAAAUAAAAAAAAUUAUAAAUGAGUCCAAAUAUUCUUGUUAUUCGGAUAGUGAUUCAUAUAUAGAUAGUGAUAUUACAUGGACAAACAGUGACAAAAGUGAUGAUGAUGAUGAUAAUGAUAAUUCUUUGUACAAUGUUAAUAUUGAUUCUCAUGUGGGAGAAGAUAAUUUGAAUAAUUAUGAACAUUCGGGAAAAAUGGAAAAAACAAAAAACAUUGGCAGUUCUAGUAGUAUUAGUAAUGCACUUAGCCAAAACAAACAAAGCCUAUUAUCUGAAAUAGAUCAUUAUGAUAAUAUAAAAAAGGAGCAAGAUAAUUUUACUCAUAACAUAGCUGAUAAGGAUAAUAGUAAUGAUAACAUUAAUAAUGUGGGUAAUAACAAUGACAGUAAUAAUAUUGAAAAUAAUAAUAAUGAGAAUAAUAAUAUUGAAAGUAAUAACAAUGAGAAUGUUAAUAAUGAAAGUAAUAACAAUGAGAAUAUUAAUAAUGUGGGUAAUAAUAAUUACAGUAAUCAUAAUGAGAAUGUUAAUAAUGAAAGUAAUAAUAAUGAGAAUGUUAAUAAUGAAAAUAAUAAUAAUGAGAAUGUUAAUAAUGAAAGUAAUAACAAUGAGAAUGUUAAUAAUGAAAGUAAUAAUAAUGAGAAUGUUAAUAAUGAAAAUAAUAAUAAUGAGAAUGUUAAUAAUGAAAGUAAUAAUAAUGAGAAUGUUAAUAAUGAAAGUAAUAAUAAUGUUAAUAAUGAAAGUAAUAAUAAUGAGAAUGUUAAUAAUGAAAGUAAUAACAAUGAGAAUAUUAAUAAUGUGGGUAAUAAUAAUUACAGUAAUCAUAAUGAGAAUGUUAAUAAUGAAAGUAAUAAUAAUGAGAAUGUUAAUAAUAAUGAAAGUAAUAACAAUGAGAAUAUUAAUAAUGUGGGUAAUAAUAAUUACAGUAAUAAUAAUGAGAAUGUUAAUAAUGUGGGUAAUAAUAAUUACAGUAAUAAUAAUGAGAAUGUUAAUAAUGUGGGUAAUAAUAAUUACAGUAAUAAUAAUGAGAAUGUUAAUAAUGUGGGUAAUAAUAAUUACAGUAAUAAUAAUGAGAAUGUUAAUAAUGAAAGUAAUAAUAAUGAGAAUAAUAAUAAUAAUGAGGAUAAUAAUAAUGACAGUAAUGAUUAUGGUAGUAAUAUAGAUGAUAAAAUAAUUGAGGAAAAGGAAGAAAUAGAUCAAGAUAAAAGGAAGGGAAAAUGUAACGGAAAUAUCUAUACAAUUGAACAGUUAAAAAUGGGUCAGAAAAAUGAAGAGACUCUAGAAAAUAAUAUAGAAUGUGAAAUAAAAGAAAAUGCUUCGAAAAACCAGAGUUUGUUAUAUUUGACACAUCACAAGAACUCAAGUAAUGAUUCAUGUAUCUCUACACCUUCAUCAGUAAAUAGCAUAAAAUUAAAGACGUCCACUUUUGAAGUAAACCAGCAGAGCGCGAAACAGAUAAGCGAAAACGGGGAUGAAGAAGCAGAAAAAGUAGUAGAAAAUGAAUUAGAAAAAGAAAAGGAAGUUUAUGAGAUUUAUGAUAAAGAAGGUGCCCAUAUGGAAAAACAUCCAAAAGUGAAUGAAGACCAGGAAAAAAAUGAGAAUUUAGAAGUAAAUGUAGACCCCGAAAUGAGUGAACCACAACACGACAGCAUUAGGCAGAAUGAUAUGACAGAAGGCAAUAAAGUGAAAGAUGGUGGUGAUAUACAAACAUGCAAUGAAAAUGUAGAAUUAAAGGGAGAAAAGGAAAUGAAUCAAACAAAUUUUGUUGCUGUUGAUACAGAAAAAGGAGUGGGGGACCAAAAUGAAUUUAAUGAAAAUAAUGAAGAGGAAUUUGAUAAAAAUGUAGAACAAAAGAAAAAGAAAAAAAGAAAAAAGGGAAAAGACAAAAAAAUAGAAAGUAUAGAAAAGGAAGAUGUGGAAGAAGAAACUACAGAAGAAAAGAAAAAAAAGAAAAAAAAGAAAAAGGCAAGAAUAGAGGACAAUAUUUUAGUCGAUAAAAAAGAACAGAGUGAUAAACAUGAUGGUAUUAAUAAUGAUGAUUCUGAAAAACAUUUGAAUAAUAAAUUACAUAAUAAUGAUUUAAUAAAUUCUAAUAACAACCUUUUAGUAUUAUCAUCAAUGAUUAAACUUUAUUUAUCAUUAAGAAAAUAUGGUGCACUAUUUAGUUUACUUUGUGUAUCAGGUAAGAAACAAAUUAAAAGCACUGUUAAGAAUAUGGGGAAAAAAUAUUCCAUUAAAUUACUAGAAUAUCUUUUAAACACACUAAUGAGAAAUACAUAUGCUCUUGUUCCUUUUUAUAAGUGGAUUAAAUGUAUAUGUAAAGUAUAUAAAGAUUCUCUGAAAGGGAGAAAACAUCGUUCUUUAGUUACUAAAAUAACAAAUGUUGCAGACAAAUAUGUGAGAAAUGAACAUAUAAUAAAUCUCGUUGUAGACAAAAUUAGUUGUACUGUUGACAGUAUAAUGAAAAAUAAAAUUUUGGAAAAUACAGAAAUUCUUAAUUAUAGAGAUGGGACUAUCAUGAAAUGA